AAUUAGAAUAGGAAGGAAGAAGACGAAGUGUAACGUCGAACGUCACAAAUCAACAACGGACAUUCUACAUUAUUUGAAUUUUAAAUUAUUUUUCUGUUACCUUUUUAUUCGAUAUUUUUUAUUAUUUUUUUUUGGUGUGUUAUCGGCUUCAACUGCUAAGGUUAUUUCGCCUCGUGUUCUGUGUAGGUUUUUAAUAUUUUUAAGUAGUAUGAAUAAUACAAGCUUGUACAAUACUGUGUUGUUGGAAAACGUGGAAAAUAGUGAUACCUCAUGGAGUGAUAUUAAAUGUGACUGGUCCACUUUUUCGUUUAAAGAUGAAUUAAUUGCCAGAGAAUGUUACAUAACAGAAACAAUUCAGCGAGUAAAAGAAUCUGAUUUACUUUCCUUAAAGGAAUUUGAAGGCUCCAAUUUUGAGGAAGACUUGGAAAAAUUUACAAGAAAAUAUCGUGAUGCGAAGAAAGAAAAUUAUGAUAUUUUGAAAAAAUGUGAAGAAGCAAGAAGGACACGUGAGGAAUUGAUAGAAAGCUGCAAGAAGCUAGAAUCAACUGGUGGAGAAUUAAGUGAUAUAAAAAAUAGUUUAGAAUCAGAAAUAAGCAAGAUAACUUCAGAUCACAAACUUCAUAAGGCAGCUUAUAAAACAGCACUGCAGCACUACAAUAAUUUUGAUUUUAAUGUAGCUAUUGUUGAAAGCUCAGAUGAUGAUAUAUUUGUAGCCAAUGUAACAUUUAAAUUUGCCAAACAUAUAGAGCCUAUUAAGAUUGUUGUCAAUCGAAAUCAAAGAAAAAUAAUAGAAAUAGAUUCACAUGGUUUGAUGGAUACACAAAAUUUUGAAGAUGUUAAUUUUGAUCCAUUAUUUUUCUGUAAUUUAAGACAAAAGGUUUUAGAUAGUGUUAAUAGUUAAUUAAAAUUUCUUUUUUCAUUUUUUGAAUAUUUUAAUAAAAAUCUUAUUGUAAAGUUUUCUCAUUUGAUAUAUUAUGUUUUGUACUUAAUUAUUUCUGAAUAUUUUAAUAAAAAUCUUAUUGUAAAGGUGAUUUGAUUAAAGUUUUCUUAUUUGAUGUAUUGUUUUUAUCAAAAAUCUCAAAUU